AUGAUGCGCCUCACACUACUGCUUUUUCUACUCGUACUUUGCCGCCGCUCGUCGGCCAAGAAGCCGAAUUGUUUCUCGGCCCUUCACACAUGCGUUAUAAAUGGUCCCACGGCGGGCAUCACCGUCUCCUCGGUCCGUCAUUUUGUCGUCCCCCGUUUCUGCCUUCAAAUCGCCCAGCACGUCGCCCCGUGCAUUUCGGAAACACUGAACAUCACCCGAACUGGGCGCACAAAUGCCGAGCUCUUCGAUCAGUGCCACAGCGAUUCCAGCUACGAGAUGGCCGCCGAGAAGGAUGAGGUGGCGAUGACUGCCCGGCUCGUGCGAUACGCCUGCGAGAAAUACCCAAAUGUUGCUCAUCACAAGAGCUGUUUUAGCGAAAUUUACGAGCGAUGCGUUCGCGACGAGCCGGGAGCGGAUUGUGAUCGAUUGAAAGCCUGUCAACCCCGCAAAACGCGCAGAAUCUCGAAGCGCAACGCCAAGGAGCAGCCGGCUGCCCCAUCGAGCAUUGUGGAUAGUGGUGUAGCGUACUGGAUCUGUGCCCUGGUGCCGAUGGCCGCCCUCAUCUACCGCAUCGCCAUC